AUGGCGACUUUUGGUCUUGCCUUCACUAUCAUGUGGAUACAAGCUGUCAUACGUUGGAUCUCGUCUCCAACCGAGUUCCGACCGGCUCCCGUCUUGGGACCGGAUGAGAUUGAAACCUGGCGCCUUGUGUGCUUGCGAAUCUUCGAAGCGCUAAGCGUCGGUGUCCUUCUUGUUCAUAUCUGGUUCUGCAUCCUUGUGCCGGCUUUCCCGUACUUGAAGCAAUUCAAGAGAACGGACAAGGCACCAGAAUUUACACUUGAUGGCCGGCAUGUUAUUGGAGGUCUAGUAGCUCUCUGCGCCGACGGAUUCCUGAACUGCUAUCAGUACAUCUUCAUGUGGAAUUCGCACAGCAUUAACAUCGGGGUCUGGGCCAAGUUCUUGCCUUUUCAUAACCAUGCAUCAUCCAGCAGAUAUGCUGAGAGCCUUCUUUGGGGACCGCCUAUGUACGUGUACUUUUGCGCCGGUUUUGGAAUUGUUGGUUCCAAGAUGGCAAUGCCACUCAGAGCUCGAUUUUCACAGCUGAGCAAUGCCGGUAUUCUCACGAUUGUCUGGUGCAUCGAGUUCGUAUUGGAUUUUAUCAUUGAGAACUUGGCUAUCCGCAUCACUCACGGAUAUGGGUUUGCCAAAACAUACCGGCCCCUGACCCUCUUCCCGGGAAAAGUCUACCAGUUCCCAAUCUAUGAGUCCAUCUUUGUCGCUAGUCUUGGUUGUGUCUUCACUGCCAUGAGGCUCAAAGCUUUUGAGAAUGGACGUUCUCCCGUUGAAGCCGGCUACGAACACUGGCACCCGCGUUUGCAAGAUGCGGUGAGGACAUUUGCUGUCAUCGGAUUCUCUGCUGGUGCAGUGGUCAUGUUCUACCAUUUGCCACUUAACUGGCUUGGUGUAAUCGGAGAUUGUCACGCUGAUAUGCCAAGCUACAUGAAGCCGGGUCCAGUGGAGUAA